AUGGCAACUGCUCUGGCCCUGGAAAAUAGGAAGCUGCGGAGGCGUCUGCAGGAGGUAGAGGAGGAGGUGAGUUUCCUGCGGGACCAGAAUUACAACAUCCAACGGGUGAACGAUACCUACCGUGAGAAGCUCCUGCAGCACAUUGAGGCAGUCCGUUUCAAGGCGUGCGGGGAGUCCUCGCCGGCCUUUGCAACUGCCGACGACCUGAAGGGGCUUGUACACCGGCUGCGCGCUCAUGACGUCACUCACUCGCCUCCGCGUCCGCGAGUCACGGCGGCGGCGGCGGCAGCGGCAGCGGCGGACGCCCCUCCAAAAGGGUCGUUGCCCCGUGAAGGGGACGACGGCCUCAUGCGUAGCACCAGCUCCCUCUCCCGCGCCACGCAAGAGGGGGAGGGCAAUGGCCGUGGGCCGCGCAGGAAGGCGGUGUCUUCUUCCAUGGGAGAAAAGUCGCACGCCAAACAAUCUGCCACCGUGCAAAGCGCGCAACGCGCCACCAUAGCAAAGUUGAGAGCUGAAAAUAAGAAAUUGGCGUCCCUCGUGGACACUCUUCGACUGCGUGUUGCGGCCGCCGGGCGUCUGAAUGCGUCGUUGGAGAAAAAGUGUCGGGGCUUGUCGUCAGCGGUGGGUCGCGCGCAGACGUCGGGGCUGAAGUACCAGCAGGACGGCACGGGGAAAAAGCCGCUCCCCUCACCACAACUGCGCAAACGCUCGGAGGAGCUGCGGGAGGAAAAUGAAAAACUCCGCGCCGACCAGGAGCGAAACAGGUACUUGGCCCAGGAGGUGUCCCACUACAGGACGCUGCUGGAGCAAAGAGGCAAGGAGGUGGAAAUCCUCCGUCAGCGGGAGUCGUUGCGUCUAGAGGAGAUGAAUGGCGUGAAGGGGAAGUUGGUCAAAGCGGCGGAGAGGCUCCAGACGAUGGGUACGGCUUUGCGCCUUAGUAAGGUUCGCGAGAAAAGGGCGACCUCCGCAACAGAGUCGCUGCGGAAGAAAUAUGAAGAACAGAAAGAGCAAUGUGUGGCUGGGCCUGAAAUACGGCCAAACUCGUUCUUCUCUACAGUUAUUGAGCAGGUGUCGAAAGUGAUGGGGCAGCAUCACUCCUUGUUGAGUAAAUGUCUGCUCGUCCACCACGCUCUGCACGUCCUUUUUUACCGCGGCUUCGCCGAUCAAGAAGCAGAGGAAGCGGCACAUGCCUCGGACGAAGAAUGGAAAGGGAUUGGAACGGAAUCUCUGCUUGAGGCGGUGACUCGCCUCACGCAUUUGUUAAACCUGGUUGAGAGGAAGGCAAUGGUGCCCAUCGCCCCUGCUACUCCGGACCCGUUGACUCUGGGCAGCAUCAAUCUUGCAGUCCCCAAGCAAACGGGAGGUGUUGGAGGGUGCCGUCGCUUGGGUGGUCCUGCGGAUACACGUCUAAGAACUUCGCUGCAAUUGGUCGCGGGUGGCAGUGACGACAGUGAAGACGCUGGGGUGGAGGGUGGGGGUGAGGAGUCGUCAUUGUCAGGGAAUUCCAUGCGUGAGGCGCGACUUCUUCCGCGAGGUGACGAGCGAGGUCAUCUUCAAAUGAGGGAUGCUGCCACAAUGACUGUGUCUCCAGUCCAGAUUAGUCUGGCACUUGGACGCAGCUUGCCUGUUUCCCCGCUCCAGUCGAACAGAGCCACCGAAACCAUCUCCCCGCCCCUGAUCAGCGUUGCUGUAGGGCCAGGCUCCGAUGCUGAGGAGAGCGUACUCAUUUUGCCAGCGGCCUAUUCAGUGGCUGGGCCUGCAGCGGUGGGUUGCCCACUGGAGUAA